UUCCUUCGAUUUUCUUCCGCUGCAUGUGACAGUCUUCCUCGCUUUCAUGGCGCGGCACCAGCAGCCCUCUGUUUCGGUGGGCGGCAGCGGCGACCGUUGCUGCCGCUCUUCAAAUCAGACCCGGCAAGUCACUCUUUCCCGUGCCACCAACCAGAGACUAUCCCACCAUCUCACCACCCGAACUUUUCGCGCCAUGCCCCAUGCCUGAUCCCCGAUGUGUGCCUCUCCGCCGUGCGCUCUCCGCCGUGCGCUCUCCGCCGUGCGCCUCUCCGCCAUGCCACUGCCCGCCUCCCCCUCACCGCGCGCUCUUCCCGCCAGACCCCUCUCGGCUUCCCCCUAACUCGCACUAAGCCCCUGCCAACGACCCCUCCCUAGUCGCGGGCUCUUCCCGCAUUGCUCGCUCUCCCCCUAGUCGCGCGCUGUCCGCACCACUCCCCCCCCCGCCAAGUCUUCCGCCAUGCCUCCCUCCGCCUUCCCUUAGCUGCGCACUUCCGCCGCAAUGCAACUCCCCGCUUCCCCCUGGCUGCGCGCCGUCCUGGGACUCUCCGCCGCUCUUGCGCUCGCCUGCCUCUACGCCGCCGUCUCCUCCCCCUCCGCCUCCGUCCUCUCCGCAUUUGUCUCCGCU